CAAACAUCAGUGCUCACUUGUUACAUCGGCAGAGUAAUUCUUCAGGGGAACUUCUUGGUCUCAUUAGCAGAGCGUGAAAAUGGUUGAGUAUGAAGUGACCGUGUUCACUGGCAAACUGGACUUGGCCUCUACGUUUGACGAUGUCUACAUUAAACUGGUCGGCUCAGACGAGAGCCCCCGAACGCAAAUCCCAAGGAAGUGGAUACCAUCUCUCAAAGACACAGAGUCACACUUAAGUAUAUCCUGCCCAAAAUCCCUUGGAAAGCUGGUGCUGGUAGAGUUACAGAAACAGAACAGGUUUUUUGAAGACUCUUGGCAUCCUGCUAAGGUAGAAGUGAAAUCCCCUGAGGGACACACCUACCACUUUCCCGUCUACCAUUGGAUCACUGACAAUGAGGUGCACUACAUCAGAGAGGGCACAGCUCUCACAGUCUUUGAAGACAAAUGUUCUGUUGACGGGUACAGUCGGGAGGAGGAGAUU